UGAACAAGUGCACGGAGUUGAGAUUUUUCUCCCAGAGCCCGGGUGCUAGGGACAGCAGUACAGAGGCUGAAAUCUGAAAUACGGAGACACUGUCUUCUGGGCUGGGCUCCUCCACCCCUUGUGUUUUUGAUUCUUACUCGCUCCUCUCUGGAUUUUACCUGCUGUUAGCAAAACAGCUUUGCACACCAUGGAUCUCCAUGUCGUUUUGCAGGAAGUGCUCACGGACUGAUUCUGCAGACUUUGCUCCCCAGCAAAACUAAAAUGAGUCAUCUCCUGUUACAGCUAAAGAGUUCAUCUAUUCCUGGAGGCAAAUACUAAGGAUGCUUUCCUCAGGAACCCUGAAGUGAACCUCUGAUACAUAUCUUGUGGAAAGAAAAGGGAGCCAACAUGAAGGAAAAUGUGGUCUCCACAGUUGUUUUCACUUUGCUACUUUUUCUUAACAUCCAUCUUCUGAAUGGACAGUCACUUCCUGGAAAACCUGUGAUCUUUAAAUGCCGUUCUCCUGAAAAGGAAACAUUCACCUGCUGGUGGAACCCAGGGUCAGAUGGAGGCCUUCCUACCAACUACACGCUGACUUACCACAAAGAAGGAGAGACACUCACCCAUGAAUGUCCAGACUAUGAAACCGGUGGCCCAAACUCCUGCUACUUUGACAAGAAGCACACUUCCAUAUGGACAAUAUACAUCCUCACAGUAAAUGCCACAAACCAGAUGGGAAGUAUUUCCUCCGAACCACUUUAUGUGGAUGUGACAUAUAUAGUUGAACCAGACCCUCCUGUGAACUUGACACUGGAGUUAAAGCAACCAGAAGACAGGAAACCAUAUCUGUGGAUGAAAUGGCUUCCUCCCACCUUGGUUGAUGUAAGAUCCGGUUGGCUCACACUACAAUAUGCAAUUCGAUUAAAACCUGAGAAGGCAGAUGAGUGGGAGAUCCAUUUUGCUGGACAACAGACUCAAUUUAAAAUUCUCAGCUUAUAUCCAGGACAGAAAUACCUUGUCCAGGUUCGCUGCAAGCCUGACCAUGGAUUCUGGAGUGCAUGGAGCCCUGAGAACUUCAUUCAGAUCCCCAGUGACUCCACCAUGAAAGAUACAACCAUGUGGAUCUUUGUGGCUGUUCUUUCUGCUGUCGUCUGUUUGAUUAUGGUCUGGGCAGUGGCUUUGAAAGGCUAUAGUAUGAUGAUCUGCAUCUUCCCACCAGUUCCUGGGCCCAAAAUCAAAGGAUUUGAUACUCAUUUGUUAGAGAAGGGCAAGUCUGAAGAACUGCUGAGUGCCCUGGGCUGCCAAGACUUCCCUCCUACUUCUGACUGUGAGGACUUGUUGGUGGAGUUUUUAGAAGUGGAUGAUAGUGAGGACCAGCAACUGAUGCCAGGUCACUCCAAAGAACACCCAAGUCAAGGAAUGAAACCCACAUACUUGGACCCUGACAGUGACUCAGGCCGAGGCAGCUGCGACAGCCCUUCCCUUUUGUCUGAAAAGUGUGAAGAACCCCAAGCCAACCCCCCAACAUUCCAAACCCCUGAGGGUACUGAAAAGCCAGACAAUCCCAAAGCAAAUGUGAUUCACACCUGGAACCCCCAGAGCACAAGCUUAGGAAACAAGAUCCCCUAUUUCCACUCUGAUGUAUCCAAAUCUUCAACAUGGCCUUUGUCACAGCCCCCCGGCCAGCACAACUACAGAUCUUCUUAUCACAAUAUUGCUGACAUGUGUAAUAUGGCUGCAGGCACAAUAGGUGCACCAGUCACUUUGCUAGACACAACAGACAAGAAACCCCUUGAGACUGGAGAGGAGGGAAUUGCAGCUAAGCAGAGGGAGGUGGGAAACUCCCAUCCCAAGACUGACCAAGCCAGGGUAUGGCUGCUGUCCCAGGAGGAAACCCCCUUUAUCUCUGCUAAACCCUUGGAUUAUGUGGAAAUUCACAAAGUCAACAAAGAUGGAGCACUGGCCUUACUCCCCAAACACAAAGAGGACAGUGACCAGGCAGAGAAUUCCAGCUCCCCUGAAACUAACAAAGAGUACGCUAAGGUGUCCAGGGUGAUGGAUAACAAUAUCCUAGUGUUAGUGCAAGAUCCAAGAGCUCCAAACCUGGCUUUGUUUGAAGAACUAGCUGAGGAGGAUUUGCCAGCAACCCUGCAACAGAAUCAAGUUGAGAAAGAGCUUCCCUCUUUCACUACCACUCAGAUGCCAAGCAAUUGCAGGCUCCAGCUAGGGGGGUUGGAUUACCUAGAUCCUGCAGGUUUUGCGCACUCAUUUCAAUGAUCACUUGAUGAAUGGGAUGAUCAGUUAAAAUGUGAUUUUUUUUCAGGUAACACUACAGAGUAGAUGAGAUGCAACCUACUAGAGAAUGCAGUGAGAAUGACACUAUGAAAACUCACAGUUCACAACUUUUCAUGCUCCAGUUUUCAACUAGUUGCCUCUUGCUCCCACAGCUGAUUCCAGAACAAAUUGUGUUGUUUCCUACUUGUGAUUUGUAGGUUUACUUUUUUUUGCCUUUAGUGUUAAAAUUAUGUAUUUAAUGAAAUAAAAGCACAUUGCUUAGUAUUUCUAAGGGGCUAUGCCAACCAAGUAGGUCCUCUAGAAAAGCCUUUCAUGGUUGAGUAUAUAGAUAGAAGGAAGUGAAAUAGUCAAAGCCAUUCAUCACAGGAAGAUGAUAGGUAUGGUAAAAAUGCCAUGAAAACCAAUUUUGAAAACCACUUUUAACCUUUGCACUCCUCUUACAUUUUAUUAGGAUUAACCAAAUACAAUGUCAAAAAGGAAAAAACUGUAUUCCAGAGACACAGCAAAUUAUUUACAUCAGUUCCUAUUACCUUAGUGGUAAAUUGCCAAUAUGCAAAUCAAAAUGAUGCCUCCAGAUUUUUCUUAGAAUAAUUAGGAUAUAUGGACAUCCCCCCCAAAAAAACUGUAUUUUAUUCUAAAUCCUCUGGAGAAUGUAGUUUGGAAAAGUGAAAAUUUUAUGUGAGAGACAAACAAGUCUCAUGCCAUGACUCCUUCUAAAAUGUUUUCCCACUUCAUUCCAAUAUACUAGGUAAUUUAUUAUAGACUCUAGUCUUCUCUUAAUGAAAAAAAUAAUAAUCCCAAAAGACUAAUUUCAAUUUAAAAAAAUAAUCACAGCAGGAUAUUGAUGGAAAUACUGCCUUACUGUAUAUACAAAUUCUAACUUAAUAUAAACCCAUAAGUUUGACAGUGUAUUUUUAAGACUAUUUUUCUAUCACUUAGGUAAAAUAAAAGACUAUUUUAUAUCUUCCCAA